GAGGACGUGAGUGAGUGAAGUGUUGAGCGCGAAGAGGAAGAGAGGAAGAAGACGUGCCCUAAAGCCCAAGCGUUGAAGCCGUUAAGGUGAACGAAAAUGUGGGAGACAUUGGAUUUAAUUUUGAACUAUGGUGGCACUCUUGAAUCCUGUUCUCCUAUGAAGUAUAGCAAUGGCUGCGUAGAGAUUAUUAAAAGUGACCCUGAUGUAGUCAGUUAUCCACAUCUGAAAAAGUUUAUAGAAUCUGGACCAUUUGGGGGGUUUGGAAAGCUGAUGUAUAAAUUGCCUCGUGAACCAUUGGAAUGUUUAAGGGAGUUAGUAGAUGAUGCUUCCACAUUGCAGUUGGUGAGUCUGUCUUCUACUGAUGGAGUUUGUGAACUGUAUUUGCUGCCACCCUCCACAUCUGCUGUACGUGGUGAUGUUGGCCCUUUAGGUGAAAAGGAAGUAGGUGGUCAAAACUAUGAAGUACAAGUGCAG